CAACGACCUAAAUUCAUAUUUGCUGCUGUUGGUUGCUUUAUGUCUGUCAACGUAAUGGGAACGUGAUCCAUCCAUCAUUUAUUACCAAUAUACGUUUUAUUUGACCUUAUUAACGAGAACAGAACUGUCAGAAACGUUUGCCUACAUCAUUUGUGUAAAACGGCGGAAUAAAACACAACCGUUAAGUGAUCGCUCCCGUUUUUUUUAGGUGACCUAAAUAACGGGAUACUGUUUUUAUGCACUCAUCUGUCUGGGUGAUAUUUCUGCAGAAAGCCACGUCUGUCCACCGUGUAGGAGUGGACGCAAAAAUCACACGAUGCUGCUACUGAUGAUGCGAGCGCAGUUCUAAUGGAACGAAUGAAUUCGCUUCAGAACGGCAGCGUCCUCCAUUGGAUCAUUUCACAAAUCUCACCAGGAGAAAAUCAAUGACCGGACAACACAAGACAUCCCAUAACAGGACGCGUCUAAAAAACUGACUGAACACAGCGGAGCCGUAGAUAGGGCCGACCUGAAUGAAACCGCGUCAAUAAGGACACUUCUCUGAGGCUUCUCUGGACCAAUAAGGUGGCAUGGCUGGCUUGUCGUUCUGUGGCAACAAUGUGACCAAGAAUGCCUACAAUGUGGAUACGGGGAUGUUGAACAAUGGCUGCUUCGUGGACGCCCUCAACCUGGUCCCUCACGUCUUCCUGCUCUUCAUCACCUUCCCCAUCCUCUUCAUUGGCUGGGGCAGUCAGAGCUCUAAGGUUCAGAUCCACCAUAACACCUGGCUCCACUUCCCUGGACACAACCUGCGCUGGAUCCUCACCUUCACUCUGCUGUUUGUCCACGUCUGUGAGAUCGCUGAGGGAAUCGUCUCCAACAAACAGAUGGACACCAACCACCUCCACCUCUUCAUGCCAGCGUUUAUGGGGUUCAUAGCAGCCACUACAUCUGUGGUGUACUACCACAACAUAGAAACCUCCAACUUCCCCAAACUACUGCUGGCUCUGUUUAUCUACUGGGUUCUGGCGUUCAUCACCAAGUCCAUCAAGCUGUGGAAGUUUGCAGAGUACGGUGUUGGAGUGCUGCACCUGCGGUUCUGUAUCACAGCCCUGCUGGUCGUUCUGUACGGACUCCUCAUGGCUGUAGAGAUCAACGUCAUCAGGGUCAGGAGGUACGUGUUCUUCGCCAACCCCCAGAAGGUAAAGCCUCCAGAGGACCUUCAGGACCUGGGAGUGAGGUUCCUCCAGCCCUUCGUCAACCUCCUCUCCAAGGCCACAUACUGGUGGAUGAACCCCCUGAUUAUAGGAGCCCAUAAAAGACCCAUUGAGCUGAAGAAGAUAGGCAAGCUCCCCAUCGCCAUGAGAGCCCUCACCAACUACCUGAAGCUCAAAGACGCCUACGAGGAUCAGAGGCAGAAUGCCGAGGACCCAGAGAAGGCUCCAUCCAUCUGGCGUUCUAUGUACCGGGCGUUUGGCCGACCCAUCCUCCUCAGCAGUACCUUCCGUUACCUGGCGGAUCUGCUGGGCUUCGCCGGGCCGCUCUGCAUCUAUGGCAUCGUCGAACAUCUCAACAAAAAGCCCGUCAAGGAAGGGAGUGUGGUCCCCUAUUUCGAGGUCUACUUUAUGUCGUCCAACGAGCUGCUCCAGAAUACGUCAGUGCUGGCUGUUCUGCUGUUCCUGGCCCUGGUGCUACAGCGGACCUUCCUACAGGCCUCCUACUAUGUCACCAUAGAGACCGGCAUCAACCUCCGUGGAGCCCUGCUGGCGAUGAUCUACAACAAGAUCCUGCGUCUGUCCACCUCUAACAUGUCCAUGGGAGAGAUGACCCUGGGCCAGAUCAACAACCUGGUUGCCAUAGAAACCAACCAGCUCAUGUGGUUCCUCUUCCUGUGUCCCAACCUCUGGGCCAUGCCAGUGCAGAUUGUGAUGGGCGUGAUCCUGCUGUACUACCUGCUGGGGACCAGUGCUCUGAUUGGAGCUUCAGUCAUCGUGCUGCUGGCUCCAGUCCAAUACCUGAUCGCUACCAAGCUGGCUGACACCCAGAAGAGCACCCUGGACCAGUCUACGGAGCGACUGAAGAAGACCACAGAGAUUCUGAAGGGGAUCAAGCUGCUGAAGCUGUACGCCUGGGAGAACAUCUUCUGUGACAGUGUAGAAGAUACCAGGGGCAAGGAGCUCACUAGCCUCCGCACCUUCGCCCUCUACACCUCCAUGUCUAUUUUCAUGAAUGCUGCUAUCCCGAUCGCUGCUGUGCUUGUGACGUUUGUCAGCCACGCCCUGAUCAACAAGUCCAAACCCAGCUCCUCGGAGGCCUUCGCUGCUCUGGCCCUCUUCCACAUCCUGGUUACCCCACUGUUCCUGCUCUCCACCGUGGUCCGCUUCGCAGUCAAGGCCAUGGUCAGCGUCCAGAAGCUGGGUGAGUUCCUGCAGAGCGAUGAGAUUGGCGAUGACAGCUGGAGGAACGGAGACAUGUCUGUGUCCCUAGAGGCCUGUAAGAAACACCCUGGGGCGACCAAGGCUAUAAACAGGAAGCAGCCCCUGCUCUACCAGAUGGACAGCUAUGAGCAGCCAGCACGCAGACCACUGCGACCCAACGAGACUGAGGACGUGGCUGUCAAGGUGAACAGGGGAUUCUUCACAUGGGGAAGCAACUUGUCAACGUUGUCCGACAUCAACAUCUGCAUUCCAACAGGUCAGCUGACCAUGAUCGUGGGCCAGGUGGGUUGUGGGAAGUCGUCCCUGUUGCUGGCCAUGCUUGGAGAGAUGCAGACCCUCAGUGGAAAGGUCUACUGGAGCAAACUGCCUGUGAGUGAGAUGCUGCACGAGGCCAACAGUUGUUUUGAGACGGACCGGUCUUUUGAAGAAACCAGGAGUAAGAACAGGUACUCUGUGGGCUACGCUACCCAGAAGUCUUGGCUGCUGAAUGCCACCGUGGAGGAUAACAUCACGUUUGGCAGUCCCUUCAACAAACAGAGAUACAAGACUGUGAUUGACGCCUGCUCCCUGCAGCCUGAUGUAGACCUCCUGCCCUUCGGAGACCAGACGGAGAUCGGAGAGAGGGGCAUCAACCUGAGUGGAGGCCAGAGACAGAGGAUAUGUGUGGCUCGGGCUCUCUACCAGAACACCAACAUAGUCUUCCUGGAUGACCCGUUCUCAGCGCUGGACAUCCACCUGAGUGACCACCUGAUGCAGGAGGGCAUCCUGAAGUUCCUACAGGAUGAUAAACGGACCGUGGUCCUGGUCACACACAAACUGCAGUACCUCAUCCACGCUGACUGGAUCAUAGCCAUGAAGGAUGGCUCAGUGCUGAGGGAAGGCACUCUGAAGGACAUUCAGACUCAUGAUGUAGAGCUGUAUGAACACUGGAAGACCCUGAUGAACAGACAGGACCAGGAACUAGAGAAGGACACUGAGAUUGAUAACUGUCAGACUGCUCUGGAGAGGAAGACCCUGAGAAGAGCUUUCUACUCCAGAGAGGCCAAGAACCAGGUCGACGAUGACGAAGAAGAGGAGGAAGAGGAGGAGGAAGAUGACGACAACAUGUCGAUGACCACCAGUCGGCGCUCUAAGAUCCCGUGGAGGGUGUGCUGGCAGUACCUGUCCUCUGGUGGCUUCCUCAUGGUCUUCCUCAUGGUCUUCUCCAAGCUGCUGAAACACUCCGUCAUGGUCGCCAUCGACUACUGGCUGGCCGAAUGGACUGCUAAAGGCAAUGCCCCAGUCAAUGGGACUGCUAAUAGCGAUGUCCUAGUCAAUGGGACUGCUUAUGACGAUGCUAAUGGAUAUGCCCCAGACUUUGGAAAUGGUACAAGAGACUUUGUCAAUGCCUCUACAGCAGCUGUCUUCUCCAAUCAGACAAACUCAGCGGCUGGUCUUCCUGACUCCUACUAUGUGCCAGUGUUUAUCAUCCUGUGUGGAGCUGGGAUAGCCCUGUGUCUGAUCACCUCUCUGACUGUGGAGUUCCUGGGUCUGUCUGCUGCUACCAACCUGCACCACAACCUGCUCAACAAGAUCAUCCACGCACCUAUCAGAUUCUUUGACGUGACCCCCUUGGGCCAGAUCCUGAACCGUUUCUCAGCUGACACCAACAUCAUAGAUCAGCACAUCCCUCCUACCCUGGAGUCUUUGACCCGCUCCACUCUGCUCUGCCUGUCAGCCAUCGGGGUCAUAGCGUUCGUCACUCCAAGCUUCCUCAUCGCUCUGAUUCCUCUGGCUGUGUCCUUCUACUUUAUACAGAAGUACUUCCGGGUCGCCUCAAAGGACCUUCAGGACUUAGAUGACUCCACCCAGCUUCCUCUGCUCUGCCACUUCUCUGAGACUGCAGAGGGACUCACCACCAUCCGAGCAUUCAGACAUGAAUCUCGAUUCAAGCAGAAGAUGCUGGAGCUGACAGAUACCAACAACACAGCCUACCUGUUCCUCUCUGCUGCCAACCGCUGGUUGGAGGUCAGAACGGACUACCUGGGUGCUGUCAUUGUGUUAACAGCAGCAGUAGCCUCAAUAUGGAGCUCUGUCAUGAACCUUCCCUCUAGCAUGGUGGGGUUAGGCCUGACCUACGCCCUUACAGUGACCAACUACCUGAACUGGGUGGUGAGGAACCUGGCUGACUUAGAAGUCCAGAUGGCUGCUGUAAAGAAGGUCAACAGCUUCCUGAGUACAGAGUCUGAGAACUACGAAGGCUCCAUGGAUACCUCCCAGGUCCCCGAGGACUGGCCCCAGCACGGAGAGAUAAAGAUCCAGGAUCUGUGUGUCCGUUACGACCCCCUUCUGAAGCCUGUCCUCAAACACGUUAAUGCCUACAUCAACCCUGGGCAGAAGGUGGGCAUCUGUGGACGCACAGGAAGUGGAAAGUCCUCCCUCUCUCUGGCCUUCUUCAAUAUGGUCGACGUGUUUGAAGGGCGGAUCAUCAUUGAUGGUAUAGACAUCUGUAAGCUGCCCCUCCAGACCCUGAGGUCUCGUCUGUCCAUCAUCCUCCAGGACCCGGUGCUGUUCAGCGGAACCAUCCGGUUUAACCUGGACCCAGAGCGUACCUGUACUGAUGACAGACUGUGGGAGGCGCUAGAAAUCGCCCAGCUGAAGAACAUGGUCAAAGCCCUUUCUGGGGGACUGGACGCGGUGGUGACAGAGGGAGGGGAGAACUUCAGUGUGGGUCAGAGGCAGUUGUUCUGUCUGGCCAGAGCCUUCGUCAGGAAGAGCUCCAUCCUCAUUAUGGACGAAGCCACCGCAUCCAUUGACAUGGCAACGGAGAAUGUCUUACAGAAGGUGGUGAUGACAGCCUUCGCCGACCGAACAGUCGUCACUAUUGCACAUCGUGUCCACACCAUCCUGGAAGCUGACCUGGUGAUCGUGAUGAAGCGAGGGAACAUCUUGGAGAUCGACAAACCAGAGACCCUUCUGGAGAACGAAGACGGCAUGUUCGCUUCCUUCGUCAGGGCUGACAUGUAGGCUCAGCACACCAUCACCACACUGUCAGCCAGCACACCAUCAGUCUAUCUAUCAAUUAAUCAGCCUCCUCAGUGUUUCCCACAAUGCUUAGGUGGGGCACAGAGUUCGGGAUAUUAUUACCAUUAUUGACUGAAGCUCAUACUGUAGGUUUUAGACAGUGGAAAUGGAGCCAGGCCGGUUGACCACCUCCACUUGGUAAUGGUAGGGGAAACACUGCUUCUCAAAGCACCACUGAUGGCCUUCUUGUGUUGAUUAUUGGUAAUGUAUUAGUUAUUGAGUGAUUGAUUGAAUGAGUGACCUAUUAACUUGGUCGUGUAAGGAUCACAAUCGGUCGUUAAAUAUUAUUACAAUUUUACAAAGCUUUACUUAAAUGUUUUAUGUUUAAAUUAUAUCUUUUGUUACACUUAUUACUAGAUGAUGUAUGUAUAUGUAUAUAUUUUACACCAUUAUUCAAAGGUAAGCAAUAAGCAGGUAUACUGUAGUAUUACUACAUUGGUACGAACACUGUAGGGUAUAUCGCUGGAGCAUUUUUAGCCCGGUGACCCUUUGUCUGUCUGAUGAGAUGCUGACUGAACCAUGGGACUGUGGACAUUUAGUGGUCACUGACUCCUCUUUCCAAAAGGACAACUUUCACCCAAUGGGUGUUCUCUAAGGGACUGAAUCUUAAUGUGAGAUGUGCAGGCCUAACUUCAACUUAUACACAACUGGUGUACUGUAAACCAUACAUUCAUGUCAAGAUGUAUGUGAAAACUUGGAGUUACGCAUGUUGGUGUUAAGUUAAGAUCCAGCCCUAAAUGAUAAGGGAAGAUUCCGCUUUCUUCUACCUACCAUAAGCCAGGCCAGCGUUUGUUUCCACCAUACACGGUGCUGGCUGGUGUAAUUGGUAAGGAAAGUGGUUUAUAUUUUCAGUAUUAAACCUGGUUUCUGGGGAGCUGUGCCACUGUCCCACUGUCCCACUGUAGUACCUGAAUAUUUAUAGUUCUUUUGCAUAUCGAACAAUGAGAAUUUUAUAUUGACUUCUUUGUAUUAUAGCCUGAAUGCCAAACUGAUUGUUGUAAGGUACACUUUGAAGAAUGUCAGUAUCUGUUUUUACCACCAUACUGCUGUGUUGUUUUGUUUCUCAUCUCAAGAAAUGUGUUUUUAAUUCAUUCUUAUUCAAUCCCAAACUCCUGACCCAGAAUUCCUGCCCUACUUUCCUUACACGUGUGUGGGAUGUUUUCCCACUCAUGUUUUCAAUUUAAGACGCCCUCUCAAUAAUCUAUGAAUGGGUAGGCGUCUUCUAGCCUGGUUGAACAAGACAGAACCAUUGUUUCGUUUAGCUUGGAUUCCAGGCUAGGUGUCUCCCCUCAACCUCCAUACUCUCCAUUGUAUACAUUAUAAGUGAGUAGCAGCUAAGUAUAUUUAAUGUAGCUUCUGCUGUGGCAGGGGGUCCAUGUAAAGGCCAAAGGUCAACAACAUGGCCCCUAUAGUGUGGCUGCUAUCCUUCACCAGAGUUGUCUUUUUAUGGGCAAGCAGCACUUUGGAGUCAGUCUGUCAGAAAGCGUGGAGACACAACACUCACCCCUUUCUAGAACAAUGACAUCAUGAGAGCAGAAUGACUAUAUAGAGCACUGAUAUACAGUUGAAGUCGGAAGUUUACAUACACUUUAGCCAAAUACAUUUAAACUCAGUUUUUCACAAUUCCUGACAUUUAAUCCUAGUAAAAAUGCCUUGUUUUAGGUCAGUUAGGAUCACCACUUUAUUUUAAGAAUGUAAAAUGUCAGAAUAAUAAUAGAGAGAAUUAUUUAUUUCAAAUCAAAUCAAGUUUAUUUUAUAUAGCCCUUCGUACAUCAGCUAAUAUCUCAAAGUGCUGUACAGAAACCCAGCCUAAAACCCCAAACAGCAAGCAAUGCAGGUGUAGAAGCACAGUGGCUGUUUUUUUUAGGAAGGGGGUUGCUCAGAAAGCUUGGGGGGCCAAAUAAAACCGCCCGCGGGCCGCCAGUUGGGGAAUCCUGUUCUAUGGGGACAGCAGGAAAAAACUUUUCAGGUUCUAGAUAUAAAAACACAGCAGCGUUGCAGUUCUUGACACACUCAAACCGGUGCGCCUGGCACCUACUACCAUACCCCUGGCACCUACUACCAUACCCCUGGCACCUACUACCAUACCCCUGGUACCUACUACCAUACCCCUGGCACCUACUACCAUACCCCUGGCACCUACUACCAUACCCCUGGCACCUACUACCAUACCCCUGGUACCUACUACCAUACCCCUGGCACCUACUACCAUACCCCUGGCACCUACUACCAUACCCCUGGCACCUACUACCAUACCCCUGGCACCUACUACCAUACCCCUGGCACCUACUACCAUACCCCUGGCACCUACUACCAUACCCCUGGUACCUACUACCAUACCCCUGGCACCUACUACCAUACCCCUGGUACCUACUACCAUACCCCUGGCACCUACUACCAUACCCCUGGUACCUACUACCAUACCCCUGGCACCUACUACCAUACCCCUGGUACCUACUACCAUACCCCUGGUACCUACUACCAUACCCCUGGCACCUACUACCAUACCCCUGGUACCUACUACCAUACCCCUGGCACCUACUACCAUACCCCUGGUACCUACUACCAUACCCCUGGCACCUACUACCAUACCCCUGGUACCUACUACCAUACCCCUGGCACCUACUACCAUACCCCUGGCACCUACUACCAUACCCCUGGCACCUACUACCAUACCCCUGGCACCUACUACCAUACCCCUGGCACCUACUACCAUACCCCUGGCACCUACUACCAUACCCCUGGCACCUACUACCAUACCCCUGGCACCUACUACCAUACCCCUGGCACCUACUACCAUACCCCUGGCACCUACUACCAUACCCCUGGCACCUACUACCAUACCCCUGGCACCUACUACCAUACCCCUGGCACCUACUACCAUAGCCCUGGCACCCACUACCAUACCCCUGGCACCUACUACCAUACCCCUGGCACCUACUACCAUACCCCUGGCACCUACUACCAUACCCCUGGCACCUACUACCAUACCCCUGGCACCUACUACCAUACCUCUGGCACCUACUACCAUACCCCUGGCACCUACUACCAUACCUCUGGCACCUACUACCAUACCCCUGGCACCUACUACCAUACCCCUGGCACCUACUACCAUACCCCUGGCACCUACUACCAUACCCCUGGCACCUACUACCAUACCCCUGGCACCUACUACCAUACCCCGUUCAAAAGCACUUAAAUAUUCUGUCUUGCCCAUUCACCCUCUGAAUGGCACACACACACAAUCCAUGUCUCAAUUGUCUCAAGGCUUAAAAAUCCUUAUUUAACCUGUCUCCUCCCCUUCAUCUUACACUGAUUGACGUGGAUUUAACAAGUGACAUAAAUAAGCAAUUAUAGCUUUCACCUGGAUUCACCUGGUCAGUCUAUGUCAUGGAAAGAGCAGGUGUUCUUAAUGUUUAGUACACUCUACUUAUAGAUCUAUAGUAAUUCAGACUGCAGAUGUUCAUCUAUCAUCUUCUCUGCUUUUACUAUUUAUAUUUUCAAUCUUGGGAAUGUGCACAGCAAUAUAUGUUCAAAUAUUUUCAAUAAUAAUCAAUAUAAUUCCGAGACUACAGGUUGUCCAUUUUGUCAAUUUUUGUCCUUUUUCCAUUUUAUUGUGGGCUUGUGUCUGUCUCAUAUGUACAUUGUGUAUAAUUAACAGAUGUUUUAAAUAUAGACAUAGUUGAUCAUUA